ACGAGGCACGUUCUAUACCUUCGGUGACCUAUACCAAAUGAAAAUAGCUUUCAUUUACAGCCACGGUGUUAGUACUAUAUCGGAUUAGUACAUAUUUGUGUGCGGUUAAGAUUUCAAAAUAGAGUUUACUACACCUUAUAGGGUAGGGACCACAAUUUCGACACACCAUACAAUUUACAAAAUUCCUUGGGAUUAUUUAGAGAGUUAAAUCUUUGUGUUGUUUAUAAUUUCAAAUUCGGAGUUUAAAGUUACUGUGUGCUUCUAUAUACAUCUCAAAUGCGUUGUAGUGAAAGUGUUAGUCUAGAAAAUGAUUUAUUAAGCUGUUUUGAAUUUAGGCUUUGAUCAGCGUGUUAUUUGUGCAUUUGAUAUUCGAUCUGAGAGAGUCAGUGGAAGAUUGGCUUCAUCAUUAAACGACGUCACCGAUGGUUCUAUUGUCCAGUAUUAUAAGAGUCAUUACUGCUAUUCAAAAACAUUCCAGUGAUAAAGGAAUACGUGAAUACCAGUGAUUAUACAUAUAUAUUUAUACUUGUGAUUUUAAUUACAAAAGGAAAUAUCAUCCUCUUUGGUGACGUUAUUGUGAAAUAUUGGAAACUAGUUGAACGUCUGUAAGCAAUGGAUUACAAACCCAGUGUUUUCUAAUAUACAGUGAUAACAAAAAGUACGAGUGAUUGUGAAACGUUGUUUAUAUAGUCACAGUUGAUUAAAAAUACUUAUCGUCUUGUGAGGUACCAACUAAAAGUACCAUAAGAAACUUACCAAACGACAAAAUGGCUGGACCUGGAGCCUCUUUUUUGGAGGAAAAGGACUCCGAAAGUAAGAAAGACAUUCCUAAGAAAAAGGCGCCAAAACCCCCACCAAAACCAAAACGAGGCCGACAGUUCAGCAGAGACAGUUCCCUAACGCCGUUGAACCGUAAACACAUGGACGAUGGUUUCCCGCGCUAUCCGAAGAGCGCCGUGCGGUCCAUGUCCAUCCGGAGCCAGCCAGAGGACGCCUGCUUCUCGUGCCUUAGGACAACCGUGCAUUGCUACAAUAUCAUCGUCCUGAUAUUAGGCCUGGGCGUGCUCGGUGUUGGUAUAUGGCUGCUGGUGACGGAGUUUAGCGUCCGCGAGGUGUCUGUGCUCAUUGGUUUCAACUACUUCGAGAUCGGCACGUACCUCAUGAUCGGCGCCGGCGGCACCAUCGCGCUCCUCGCCUUUUGUGGGUGCUGCGGAACCAUGCGGGAGGACAGAUUUGUCCUAGCUUUUUACGGAGUCACUCUGACAUUAACAUUGUUUGCGUUGAUAGCUGGGAGCGCUCUGGCGUUUAUAUCAUUAGGGUUUACGGUAACAGUGAAGGACACUAUCAGCAACACGCUACAGACGAGUUACGGGGUGGAUCUACGUAAAAACAGCACCAACCGGCUUAUAACGGACGCCUGGGACUCCGUACAACGAGGGUUGGAGUGCUGCGGUGUUCAUGGUGACGCCAAUGGAACAUACUCGUGGGCGUUUUACAAGCUCCAUUCCCAGUGGUACAUACAGACAAAUAUGCGGGCCCCAUACGUACCCGAGUCUUGUUGCCGAUCCGGAAGCAAGCCCCUCUGUACCGGUGUUGAGACCAUCAAUGGCCCUCCGGCGAAAGGUCCGCCCAUGGAAGCGUCGUACGUGAAAAACGAGUUCCUGUUUACAGAUGGCUGCUACGAGAAAAUAGUGAAAAACGUGGAGCGAAACGCAUUAAUAUUGGGUUGUGUGGCGGCGUUUGUACCUUUACUACUGAUCAUUGGGAUUGUUAUAGUGUUCUGUUUAUGUGCCAGAGUUCGCAGCGAAAGUUAUUACGACGAAGAGGAAUUAUAGCAAUUCGAGUAAAGUCACAUGACCAAAACAAUCCACGUGAUAUUCAUGUGACUUCCGGUUUCAUGUGACUUCCGGUCCCUGUGAUAGCCUGUUAACACAUGCGCAGAAAUACCUACAAAAUAGCCAUGGAAAUGAUGGCCACAUAUCACCAGAUUCAUGCAAAAUAGUUGUAUCUGCAUUUAGUGUUAGUCGUUAAACAAAAGGUCGAAAUGAUGAUCCUGUAAAAGUUAUGGCGUCAGGAAUUGUGACAUAAAAGGGAUUAAGUGGAUACAUACGCAAACAAAUGCGUUCAUAGAAGUGCUUAAAAGAUAAAAUCUUAGACGUGAUAUACACACUUAAGUGGAUGUUACAGUGAUACGCAGGUUUGGGUAUUAAUGGUUUCGUUAUGACGUCACUGAUCCGACGUCAUCUAGUCUUGACACGUGAAUGGGAUCGAAAAUGAAUUUUUGGAAGUGAAUACUAUCGGUUGGCAAUAGUAAGUGAAUGAAAACAAUGAAUGCUAACUCAUAUAUUGCCAAAGUUGGCGCGACAAUGCUCAAGAAAUCUUGAUGCAACUACUGACUUUCCAGCCGGAAAUGACCCACAUGUUGUGUGUAGUUUUUCAUUUGUGUAACAUGAAGCUCAAAGCUCAUCAUUACAGUGCAUUCCAUUUGUGUGUUUGUUUAAGUGCGGCAUGGCGCCUCGUGGUUUUGGAUUGAAGGCCUGGCCGGGGGUUGGAUCAAGUACCGAAGUAUUGAGAUCUCAGAAUAACAACUGAAUUAUUCAGUUAACGACUUACACAUGCUUGAGUGAUUACAAAAGGGGACCAAUUGAAUUUAAGGCCCAGCUUCUGUAACAUGUAUUGAGUGAUUUUAUCACUGACUAAAAAUUAUAUUCAAAAAUGAAAUAAAGGAUUACUGGAUGAAAUCUACUGAGCCAAUGCUUUGCUAUAGAGCCAAAAAUGCCAUCCAAUCGAAUUAUUCGCCAUCAUAUACAUGUAUGUAUUGUAUAUCCAUCGACUUUGUCCUUUUAAAGAAAGGUUUUUAUACAUAAUUCAGAAAUGACUUUUAAAAAGUCACAUUUUCAUUCAUUAAUGUACACAUGUCCAGUAACAGAAAUUGUAUGUAUGUUAAAUAUACACAGUAUUUUAACUAUUUAAGGUUUAUUACUAAUUAUUUAACAUAUGUUUUUAUGAAAUGGCAGUAUCUAUUUAUAGAUACCCAAGUCAGAAUUUUGUUUCAAAUUUUAAAUGUGCUUUAAUUGUAGGUAUUCUGUCUUAAAGUUCAUUUUUAAUUAUUUACCCAGAGAAAUAACUUUUUGGAUUGGAUACAAAGUCUAUUGACGUUUAUAAUAUUAUUUGAACACCUUGAAUUAUUAAAUCCAUUAACAUUUGACCCAAACUGUUACAUUUCAAAAGAAAAUGAAAUUCAAUAGACUUAAUUUAUAAAAUGAAAUAAUAUAUUGAUUACAUUUUUGAAGCUCAGUUAAAACAUGAUCACUGACUAAUAUUGACUCAAGCUUUGUUUAAGUUGAAUAUUUGUAAUCAAUAUAAUAUCAUUUUCAAUUUCAACGCCUUAGUUCGCCUACGUUAAAAUAACUUCCCACUGGCUGCCCACCAAUUUAAUCUAGGUAUGAAUCUUUGAAAGUUAUAAAGAAUAUCUUUUGAAUCCCCAGAUAUCUAUAUAGGUAUAUGUAAGGCCUAAAAAUACAUUUGGUUCGGGUAGCCCGACCCUAUCAUCGAAAUAGGCGCUAACCAUACCGCUUUUAGCUCGACUAAACAAAAAAUAAGGAGGGCUUUACUACUCGCUUCCGCGUCGGCGUCGGUGUCGGCGUCUGGUUAAAGUUUUAGGGCAAGUUGGGUUUUUUACUUAAAACUCCAAUACCCUUCAUUCAAUUUACUUAAUACUUUACAGAGUUGUUCAGGGCCAUCGCAUAUUGAGGCUAGAUAACUCCGUAUUAUCCUUUAUACACAUAAUGGUCCCUGAUAUAAGUGAGUAAUUGACUUUGGACCUUAGGUUAAAGUUUAAGGGCAGGUUGGGAUAUUAAUUAAUAACUUCUUUAUCCUUCAUUCAAUUGACUUAAUACUUUACACAGUCGUUCGGGGCCAUCACACAAUGAGGUUACAUAAACUCCAUAUUAUCCUUAAUAUAGGUUAUGACCCCUGACUGACUAAGGAAAUAAGGUUGAAGUUUAAGGGCAGGUUAAAGUUAAGGGCAGGUUCAAUCGACUUAAUACUUCACAGAAUUAUUGACGACUAUCUUACAACAAGGAUACAUAACUCCAUUUUAACCCUAAAUAUAAAUUAUGGAGCUCUUGUUAUAGUAGGUUAGUAAUUAUUAUUUUUAGCGUGUGUAUUAAUUUGCUCUUUAAAACAUUUAAAACUUAAAAAAAAAGAUUACUUUACCGCCAUUCUCCGAUGAUGACAAUCACGUUCUUAUAUAAAGCCUUAUAAAAAUGAAAAAGACCUACUUAAACCUUACCAAAACAUUUUUUGGCCUAAGUCAAACUGUUUUAAUAUUGAGCUUAAGGGCAACCGGUAGGAAAACAAACUUACUCAACAAAGUGUCCGUCGUUAGAGGCAUUUAUUUCUCUCUUUUUUCAAAACCAUGUCUGGUUUAUUGUUUCAUUUAAAGAAUUCAAAAUUAACGAUUUAUCAGGGCGUCCCAGGAAUUUUGUAGUGGUGAAAAGUAGACACAGUUUUCAGAAAAUUUCCCUUAUAUCAACGCUAUAAAACAUAAAAAGUGAGUGAAAAAGAGACAUGCCCCACCCCCUUGGGGACAUUUGACAAAGUCCAGGGCUCACGUAAACAGAACAUGCCACAAUAAUGAGGGUCGACAGUUUGCUUUUCCUUGGAGGUAUUAGCUAAGUAUAAGCUAUUGAUGCAAGCCGACAUUCACUCGGGUCUAAGUGGAUUUUGGCGUCCUGGUUUUUUUGGCAAUUUUCGGGAAUUUUCUGUAGACAGUUUUUGGUUAUAAUUACAGAUAAUUACCCUUGUUCUGCAUUAUUUACAAUCUGGCUUUUGUCGAAAAGUUUACGACGAAUAGAUUGUAAGGCAUGUCAUUGUCGUAAAAAUUAUUCCUGCCAACUCAAUUCAACUUUCCUGUAAUAUUUCUUUAGAUGUCUAUAUUGUUAAGCAAAUCUGUGGUCUUUGUUGGCGUUUGUGAUCUUAUUCUGUUAAUUUGUUAAGGCUUUUUGUUGUUGUUAUACACAAGCUAAAUACAUGUUAUUUUAUUUAAUAAGGUUUUCAAUUAGGUUUAUUUGAAUUUUAUUUUUUUUACACUCCAAAUGUUCAAAUACUACAACUUCGAAUAAAUUCCGUUUACUGAUAUGCCAGUAACUUUCAUUUCUUGCGGGAUGGGGUAAAAAUAAUUAGUAUUCAUUUAAGGUAUUCGAUCCAUAAUUGUUGAUCUUAUACAGGGUCACCAAGCAUAUAAAUUUAACAUCAUAGUCAAUAAAAUAGUCAAACUAGUAUAUUAGUUGUGGGUCGAAUACCUUAUGGCUAUCAUCGACCCCAUAUCACAACCAUAUCAGAGCUCGCCAGUGAUUCCCGACAUGUAUAUUCCGUUUUUUGUUUUUUAAUUCAAUGGAUUCUUGCCUUAAAGAAUUGAGCAUUAUUAUUUGUUUCUAUAAUUUAUUGUUAUUAUACAGAUGUUUAUUAUGUUAUAGCUAUUUACUGAUUGUACAGUUUUAUUUAUGUUUAUAGAUAUACAAGAAUUGCAGAUAUUUAAGGAAGCCUUAAUGGUUAAUGAAUUUGUAUAGUGAUUUUGUUUGUCUUAACUAAAGACAUUAUGUUAUUAGACGUCUACAAUUGUUUCGUGUAAAAGAUAGAUUACAUUUUAGGGCUUGCUUAAAAGCCCAUUGAAUUAAACAUGUAUAUAUCUUAAGUUGUGUAUUAUUAUUUUAUGAGGGCAGUGUAUUUGUGUUUUAAUUCAAUCUGUUUAACAGAUUUGAUGUCUCGUUUAAUAUACUGACAUUUUGCAUUAUAAAUUUAAAUCUACACUCACACGCAUAUAUGCAUUCAUAAUAAAACUUAUAAUUAGAAAUGUGUGUUCAAAAAUAAAUAAUUUCAAUAUAUGCUUCUGCAAUAACUUUUUUGAAACAUACAGCCCAUUUUAAACACAAUCUUACAAACUCGUAACAUUUUGAAAUAUUCUGCUUAAAUCGUUUAGACAUUGUUGAUCAUUGUAAACACUCGUGAACAUAAUAAACGGAUUGACCUAUUUCGGACAAAGAAUUUGUAACAAACACUCGAAUUUCAAUAAGAUACUGCUGAGACCCGGGCUGUUUAUCUCCCUAAAUGAGCGAUAAUGCUUUGUUUGAGUUCACAAAUUGGCUUAAAGAACCAUAUCUUUAGGAAAUUUCGAAAGGAUUUGAGAAUUUAUAAACAUUGUUUAAGAAAAGUUUUGUCGAUAUUAAGUAUGGUUCGGUUUAAGAGCGACUCAGUGCAAAUAGAUCGAAGUUCGAUUUUAAUCAUUGAUAAAUUCUAAACUGUACACAACCAUAUAGUGAAAUGUUUAUUAGUAAAAAGUUAAAUGUUCACACAAUUAAAUUAUAUACUUUCGAACCCCGCUGGCUCCAUCUCCCAGGGACGGGCGAAAAUACCCGGAGCCUCGGAAAACUCGAGCUGAGAGGGAUUGUUUACCUUCAGGAAAAAACAAAACAGAAACCGGUUAUUUAUAUCUAGUUCGACCUAACGAGGAAUUCGAGCCAAGCGAGCUCGAACCAACGGGAUUCGACGGUAUACACUUUUUGAAAAAGAAAUUCCCAAAGGUCUGUCAGAUAACGACAUUUUUUGAAAACAUAAAGAUCAAUAUCAUAUUUUUUAUCUAUCAGUGUAAUAUUGUUUGAGAAUAUGGACAACGUCUAUUUGAUCUUCUUUUUUUUCCUUCUACAACAUUUUCCCAGAAUAGCCUUGUCUCCAUGAUAAUAUUCAAUCAAUCGUUGCUAGGGAAAUCACGUGUAAAUUACAUGCAUUUUUACGACAUCAUCGUUUUAGUGAACUGUCGUCUGCUACAAAAAAUAUAAUAAUUCUGCAUUUUAUAGCACUUUUUGACAGGCGACUGGAAAACUGUGAUGAAAAAGAGGGAAAAUAUGGUCAAACGGUCAAAUCCUAAAAUACCUAAACAUAGUGUUACAGAGACAAUUACUUCAGAAUAAAUAUCAACUUGCGUAUUUCAAGUCCCUAGUAUUCUGAAAAUUGUGAAAUUACAAAUCUUCUAUAUCGGUGGUUUAUGAAUAUUGCAGCUCGAGUAAAUUGCUUUUGCCACCUCUGGAGAAUUUAAUAUCGUGAAUAACUGGAUGUGUAAACUGUUAUAUUACAUGUCAGAAAUUAAUUUUGUUCAAGUGUGCAAAAAGGUGUCCCUAUAAUAAUUAUAAUAAAUAUAUCAAAAACGAAAGAAGAAAACAACAUUUUGGCUUGUUUGUUUUUGUGGUAGUUUUAAAGAUUUUUAUCGAGGUAUUGUUUAAGCCUAUGGUAUCGUUGUCGGCGAUGGCGUUGUUGUUCAAGUAUUUAAACCAAUGCCACAACUCGAAAAUCGAUUAAGACGUUCAAAUGACACUUGGUAAACAUAUUGCCAGAGACAAUACGAACAUGUACAGCAAAGCCCAUAACUCUAGCAUUAAUAAUUAUGGAGUUAUGCCCCUUGACAACAAAACAACAGACGGGCGUUAGCGUUCGCUUUUCGUCACCCUUAUUUAAAUACAAUGAUUGUCCAUAUGUACACUAGACGCAUAUCGCGUUUUAAUGUUAAGGAAUACUGUUAAUGUUAAUGAAUACUGUUCAUGAUGUUAAUGAAUACUGAUAAUGAUAAAGAUUACCAUUAAUGUUAAUUAAUAUUGUUAACGUUAUGAAUACUGUUCAUGCUGUUAAUGAAUACCGAUGAUGAAUACUAUUAAUGUUAAUGAAUACUAUUAAUGGUAAUGACUACUGUUAAUGUCAAUAGAUGACUAUAUGAAUAACUAUGAACAUAUACAUGUAUAUGUCAUUAUGUGUGUGUAUGUGAUACUUUAAUAUUCCAGAUGCCUAGAUAGUUUUUUCUAGCCAUGAAUAAAAGAAAUGUGUAAAACUGAUGUGAAUGCAUUCUUUUGUUGAAAUGUAUUUUUAGCCAAGACUUCAUGUGUUUAAUUAAACAAUACAAAACAAGAUGACAGUCUGAUCUAUUCAAGUAGUUUGACAAGAAAAAACGAAAUGUUCUUAGAAAGACAUUUACACGUUUCAAAUGAAAAGCUUUUUCAUAUUGUUUCGAUAUUAAUAAGAAACACGACUCUUUCCUAAACAGCAUGAAGUAUAGCUUAAUUAAACACAAGAAACCUUAGCCCGAGAGAAACCAUCAUUGAUGUCAAGUCACUAUGUAUAUAUGAGAAUUUGUUUUCACCUACAAAUCGAUGAUUUGCCUGACAAUAUUUCUAACAUUCAUUAACUCGUAUAUUGAUUUUGCAGGUUAUAAUAAAAGUAUUUUCAAUA